UAAUAAUUAAAGGAAUAUCUCCAGAGACUUUUAAAAUUGAAGAAAGGUAAUAAAGACUGCCUUUGAUCAGAAGCAGCUGCACAUGGACCCAUUUACAAGUAAAGUUUGUCCACCUGGCUACUACGGCAAGCAGUGUUCCCAGGUGUGCCCGCGCUGCGCCAACAACGCCACCACGUGCCACCACACAGACGGGCAGUGCCAGUGUCUGCCUGGCUGGACGGCCCCCGACUGCUCCAUACCUUGCAGUCCAGGGCGCUUUGGCACCUUCUGUUCUCAGACCUGCUCCUGUGCCGCCAACUUCCUGUGCCACCAGGUCACGGGGGACUGUCAACAAGACCCUCCAGAGCCAGGCAGCGUUAUGGUUCCUCUCCCUCCCGGCGAGAGGGAGUCGUGGGCGGCCAUCAGCGGCGUGGUGGCGCUGGUCAUCCUGGUGGUUCUGCUGCUGGUUCUGCUGCUGCUCUACCGGCGCCAGCAGAAGGUCAAGCAGAACAACACGCCCACCGUCUCCUUCUCUGCCAGCCGCACCGUCAACUCAGAAUACGCCGUUCCAGAUGUUCCACACAGCUACCAUCACUACUACUCCAACCCCAGCUACCACACGCUGAGGGACAACCGGCCGCCGCUGCCUCACCUGCCCAACAACCAUGAUCGCACCAUCAAGAACACCAACGAGCAGCUGUUGUGCAGCGUGAAGAACAUGCAGCGAGAUGGCCACGCCCUCUUCAACGCCACGCUGCCUGCAGACUGGAAACACCAGCAGGAUCGCAAAGAACCAGGAGUGUUUGGAAUGGAUCGCAGCUACAGCUACAGUGCCAGCCUUGGCAAAUAUUUCCACAAAGAACUGAAGGACGCGGCGAUGGCGAGCAGCAGCUCUCUGAACAGCGAGAAUCCUUACGCCACCAUCAAGGAGCUCCCAGAGAGCAGCUACAUGGAGAUGAAGGCGGCCGUGCCCAGAGAGCGAGCUUACACCGACAUCAGCCCAGCGCCUCUCUUCAACUCCGCCUCCUUGCACAGAAUGCGGCAGAACUCUGUGGGCCACGCCCCCCUGGAGGACCCCCACAGUCACUACGACCUCCCCGUCAACAGCCACAUCCCCGGACACUACGACCUACCUCCCCUUCGCCGCCCCCCCUCCCCCAGGAGGACGCCUCAGUGAUGUCACGGCAGAACUCCAUACUGCCCCCAGGUGGAGGGCGGUAGGACUCCAUACUGCCCCCAGGUGGAGGGCGGUAGGACUCCAUACUGCCCCCAGGUGGAGGGCGGUAGGACUCCACACUGCCCCCAAGUGGAGGGCCGUAGAACUCCAUACUGCCCCCAGGUGGAGGGCCGUAGAACUCCACACUGCCCCCAAGUGGAGGGCCGUAGAACUCCAUACUGCCCCCAAGUGGAGGGCAGUAGAACUCAUAUGUUGUGGGCAAGAAAAAGAGGCUUGAAAGGGAGGACAGCUGUAAUGUUUUCAUCCUCUUGAAAAAACAUGCUGAUUAGCGUUCAUGUUAGCACAUUUACUUUGAUUUCUCUUCAGCUUCCCAAAGACUUCCAAGUCUAAUGUAAAUGUGUAAUUAUGACUUUUUUUAACCAACGGUGGAUAUAUUUGUACAAGUACUUUGGAAAUCAUGCACUUUAGUUCAAAAACAAACCAAGACAGAACACAAGACAAUUAGUAACUAAUAUCAUAUCUGGCAGGGGCUGUUAUGUACUCAACUGCAGAGAAUGUCAGGCAUCUAUUAGGAGUUAGACGUUUUUAACCCCGCCCACAAUAAUCAUCACUAAAACCUACUUCUUGUCUCAACACUAGAGACCAAGGGUGUCAUCCGCGAGGCCUGCAUACUGACGGCCAUUUUUAUAUUCUUAUAUUGUUUUAAUUGUGUAAAAAGGCUAAAAAAAAAGUUGUGUUUAAUUGUAUUCAUAUCAUGUAUAUUGUUUAAUUGUAUUCCUAUCAUGUAUAUUGUUUAAUUGUAUUCCUAUCAUGAAUAUUGUUUAAUUGUAUUCCUAUCAUGAAUAUUGUUUAAUUGUAUUCCUAUCAUGUAUAUUGGGACAAACAUUAGCCUGUGGGUCGCACGCUACACUCCCAAUUCAUCAGCUUGCUUUAGCAACUUUAUUUUCGCUAAAUUCAAUUUUCGCUCUUUUCCAGUAAAGACAAUUAUUUGAGGGCAGCACGGUGGCACAGGGGUUAGUGCAUGUGCCUCACAAUACGAAGGUCCUGAGUUCAAUCCCGGGCUCGGGAUCUUUCUGUGUGGAGUUUGCAUGUUCUCCCCGUGACUGCGUGGGUUCUACUCCGGCUUCCUCCCACCUCCAAAGAUAUGCACCUGGGGAUAGGCCCCUCCCACCUCCAAAGACAUGCACCUGGGGAUAGGCCCCUCCCACCUCCAAAGAUAUGCACCUGGGGAUAGGCCCCUCCCACCUCCAAAGACAUGCACCUGGGGAUAGGCCCCUCCCACCUCCAAAGAUAUGCACCUGGGGAUAGGCCCCUCCCACCUCCAAAGACAUGCACCUGGGGAUAGGCCCCUCCCACCUCCAAAGAUAUGCACCUGGGGAUAGGCCCCUCCCACCUCCAAAGACAUGCACCUGGGGAUAGGCCCCUCCCACCUCCAAAGAUAUGCACCUGGGGAUAGACCCUCCCACCUCCAAAGACAUGCACCUGGGGAUAGGCCCCUCCCACCUCCAAAGAUAUGCACCUGGGGAUAGGCCCCUCCCACCUCCAAAGACAUGCACCUGGAGAUAGGCCCCUCCC